AUGAAGUCCAAAAACGAUGCACUCCUCUUCUACGUGCUCGUCACCCAUGGCGGUCAUCUAGUUUACCAAGAGCUCGCGGCGUUUCUGUUCCCGCUGUUUGCCCCGGGCUUGCAUCGCGCGCUGGGCCACGGGUGUGCGAACAGCGUCAUGGCCCCGGCGGGCGUGAUUACCUCCGUUCCGCUCCCCGUCUUCCUCUGGAAGUGCGGAGCUCGCUGA